UCAAAAUAAGCCAGACUUACUGAAAUAAGCCCGGCUUAUUCGGUAAACUUGUUAUAAAGUUGCAAACUUGAAGGUGUGUUAAUUCAUCUCAGGUCAAUAACACUGUCGAUGUUGAUUAAUAUAUAAGAAUAAACAAAGAAUAUAGUGCUGUCAAACCAUUUAAUUGCAUCAAAAUCAUAUUUCAUGUUUAUUUGACGUUUCUAUUCAUCAACCGACGAAACCCUUGCAAUUGUUUCAUUUACGUCAGUCUGAGAAACCCUGAAAAAAUAUAUUACGCUUUAUGCAUUUCACGAUGUUGAUAUGCAAUAUCAUGAUGGAAUAUAUUUUAUUUCUCAUAGUUGCUUUCAUAAGUAUCACAUUCAAAUCUGCAAACAAGUAAAAUCAUUGCUAUGCAUUAUUUCAUGUUAAUCUGACGUUUCUAUUCAUCAACCGUCGAAAACCCUUGCAAUUGUUUCAUUUACGUUAGUCUGAGAAACCCUGAAAAAAUAUAUUAGGCUUUAUGCAUUUCACGAUGUUGAUACGCAGUACCAUGAUGGGAUAUAUUACAUUUCUCAUAGUUGUUUUCAUAAUUAUCACAUUCAAAUCUGCAAACAAGUAAUAUCGGAAAACAUUACCUGAAAUGAUAAUCUAGAUUAUAAUAUGAUUGUGCCGUUUUCAUAAUGUCAUUUAUAAUCAGUAACAACUAAAAUGUUGUGCCCCAUCCUCAGGAUUCACAAACAAAGCUUGAGCCUAGUCCUAAAGUGACCUUGUUGGUGCUUUUGUUUUGUCUUAACAUACACAUACUCACUUUUUUUUUCUAAGAUAUGUUUAUAGAUAUGAUAUAGAUAUGGUUUAGGCUAAGCCCUGGCUGUGAAACGGGGCCUAUACGUACUAUGUACUUCUCCAUAUUUCAUAAAGGACACUUAUUGUGCAUACAUGUUUUAUAUUAAAAAUGACCUCCCUGUAGUUGCAGAAGUACAGUGAGUCAUUUCUGUUGUUGUCAAACCUACCCUUAAACAAGAAAACGCAAAAAGACUAACCCUUCACAUAUGCCGUGCUGUCCAGUAGAUGGAGGUACAACUGUAAUAACCAUUUCUUCCUGUAACUUUCUAAACGGUUUCUUGACUGUCCACGUUGAUAAAUCAGCUGCUUAUUUAUAUAUAUAACGAACUUUGUGCAAUUUCCUAAAUACUUUAGAAAGAGCCAUAAAGAAAAAACUCUGUCAUCCAACAUUAUUUGAUAGAAACGGCUGGUUGGACUAGUUAUGAUUUCACAUUUUAGGUUAAAUAUGCGCAAUUUGUAUCUCAUUUGCGCUUCAGGAAGAAAUAAAAAUAUUUGUCGCAAGCUUUGUGCGUUGAAGAAAUGCAGAUCCUAAACUUCUGGUUGUUGGUUUAGACAUUGGGAAGGUUCCGUUCGAAUACAGUAAAAUAGCUAAUAAAUCCUUUUUUUUAGCAUUAAAUCACUUCUUCUGCCAUAAUCCUCAUUCACUGUCUCUUAGACUUAAAGCAUGUUCACUCUUGUGUUGUAGAAAACAGAUACUUGUUACUUUCAGUUUCGUUUUUAGGGAAACGAGAAACGAGCAGCUUAUAUAGAGGAUUGGUAGCGAGGCAGAGUAUCUUCCUUUUGAGAUCUCAGUCGGGAAACAGACAUGAUUUCGCUGUGGAACGGUUCUUUACAGGAGAAAAUAAGCGAGCUUCACGACGACAGCUGGAACAUUGAAAUCGAUGAGACGAUUGAGGAACACAGACCGGCUCGUGACUGGCAACAGUACAUUUCUGGCUCCUUCGCGCAGUUCAAGUGUUCUCUUUGUAAAAAAGGCUGGGGCUCUAAAAGAGUGCAGGUUCUGUUCCAUUUCCACCUGAACGCAGCCAGGAAUCGGGGAACCAUUAAAGUGCGACGCUACAAACAGAAGUGCCGGAGAUGCACCGAGGCUCAGUGGGAGGAUCCGAACUUCCCGUUGGAAAACAUCGAUGUUCUGAUUGAGAGACUGGUUAGAAAUAUCCGCAUGAAAUGCUACAGAGAAGACCUGGGUCAAACGAACAGAUCCUCGGUGUUCAGUGGCAAAGUCAAUGGGCCGCAUGAAAGUGCUCACUGUGAAGCCUGUCAUAAAGGAGUCUGUAGUCAGGCCAGCUGAUUUCUUUCAUUGGUCUCUAACUAAAUAAGCGGCUAGUUUUUAUUUAUCGUCGUGAAAUGAUUUUACCAACGUUGUAACCGGCGUAGACACUUACUGCGGUGAAAUAUCGCGAAUGACAUCUAUGAUUUUAUUUUGCCGACCUCUAUGCCGCCUGCACACAGUGAAACAUGGUGCUACAAGACAGAACGCAAAAAGGAUUGCACUGUACGAAUUGAAAUGAUAUAAAAUAGACCCUAAUGAAAGAUAAACUGGAACAACAUUUAGAUGCUGACUUCGCAAGGCUGCAUAAAGCGAUUGUGUCUACCUGAGAAGGCCUCAUUAUUGGUGAUGCAUAUCCAUACAUUUCCGCAAGCAUUUUUUGAACCGCUUCAAAAAGCCGAUUUAUCCGUUUCUGGCGUCAGCGAGCAUUAACAUUGUUGUUGUAUCAAUGAUAAAUAUCAUAAAGUCAUCUGUGUCAACACAUAAUGAAACAUUGAAGAAAUAAAGUUAUUUCUGAUUAUUGGCAGGUAA